AUGAGCGCCACCUCCACUCCUCCGUCAGCGCCUGCACGCAAGCGGGCAGGCAGACCGAAGUCGAAAAAAGGAUGCAUCACGUGCAAGAUCCGGCACGUGAAAUGUGGAGAGGAGAAGCCGGCGUGCAAGCAAUGCACGCUCUCUGGCCGUAGAUGCGACGGGUAUAACGAGGCCACGCAGAAAGAGCUCCGGCAGGAGAUCCUCAAAUCGGUCCCCCGCCGGUCAUGGGCUCCGAGUGCAGACCAUCGCAUAGUGCUGGUUCCUGGGACGGGGCAGGAACGCCAGUAUGUACAUUUCUUCUGCAACGAGACCAUCCGGGCGAUGGCAGGGUUCUUCCCCUCGGAGUUCUGGAACCACCGGCUUCCGGAGCUGAGCUAUCAUUCUCCGGCUGUGAGGCAUGCGGUGGCUGCCGUGGGCGCGAUGCAUGAGCGGCAGCUUCAGGGGAGGCUUGUUUCGGCUUCGACGUGGAGGUUCUUGGAGCAGAUCAAGAGCCCGGAAACUGCAAGCGUGGAACUCAUGCUUGUUCAGUGCUUGUUGUUCGUUUGUCUUGAGAUGCUGAAGGGCAAUAUUGCGCGGGCAAUUGAGCACACGAAGGGGGGACUGCAGAUUCUCACUGGUCAGCUUCGAGAGAACAAGGAGACGGAGCCACAGCGGUCUUUUCACAUGGAUCUUUAUCAGUUCUUCUAUCGGCAGAAUGUUCAAGUGGCUUUGUUCGGUACUGCCAUGACUGAUAUUCACGGGGCUCCGGCGUUUCUGGCCUCUUGUCCAUCGCAUUUCCACAAUAUCAGCCACGCGAGGAACUGCCUUACGCAUUUGAUGAAUCGCGGCCUGGCUUUUUCGGGGAAAUUCCAACUGCCGCCGGUGGAUCUUUCCUCACUGGAGGUAACUGAAGAUGAUAUUCGAAAACAGCAAGCACUACUACAGGAAUGCCGAACAUGGUACCAAGCUAUGCAGAGGCUCCAAGCCAAGUCUGCACGGAGCGCCGAAGUCCACGACCCGAGGGCCCCUUCUGCUAUUCUCUGUUCAUACCAUGCCUCGGUAAUAUGGAUCAGCUGUGCUUUGGCACAGCACGAGAUGUAUUAUGACAAUUACUUCGAAGAUUUCGCAGCCAUUGCCGACCACGCGGAAAACCUGAUCAAGAUCGGUAAAAAGAGCGCCUCAUACAAUAACAUUGAGCUAUUCAACCUUGAUGCAGACGUUUUACCAACGUUAUUCUAUGCCAUGCAACGCUGUCGGUUCCCGUUAUUACGCCGCAGGCUAUUGGCCGUAUACAUGGAGUAUCCUGCGAGAGAAGGCAUGUUCAAUAAAGCCGAGCAUGCGGCUCGGGCGAAAGAUUUGAUAGAGCUUGAAGAAGCGCCGCUGUCACAUCUUCCGGUUGAAGAGAGGUUACCGCAAGAGCAUCAUCGUGUUUUGAAGAAGGCAACGCUGCACUUCAAGACCCAGCGGCCAUCUUCUGUGUGUAUUCGGACGAGACCGGUAGAUGGCGUGAAAGAAGAAUAUCAGGAGUGGCUAGAAUAG